AUGCAAGAAUAUAUUGAUAUGGGACACAUGUCCCUUGUUAAUUGCGAAACGGAGGACGGUUAUUACCUUCCGCAUUAUGCGGUAACCAAGGUGAGUAGUGUUACCACCAAGGUGCGCGUAGUAUUUGACGCGUCGGCAAGAACACACAAGGGCAUUCCUUUGAAUAGCGCUUUAAUGGUCGGUCCCACCAUUCAGCUCGCGCUUUUUGAACAACUGUUGCGAUUCCGCUCACAUGUUUAUGUUUUAACGGCCGACAUUGAAAAAAUGUACCGGCAGGUCUUGAUCCAUCCCGAAGACCGUUUAUACCAACCCAUUCUGUGGUAUCAUAAUGACGAAAUCAGGGUUUGUGGACUCAAUACCAUGACUUUUGGCGUAUCUUCUUCUGCGUUUCUAGCGAUUCGUACAAUAUCUCAGCUAACAGACGAUGAAAGUACGAAAUUUCCAUGUGCUUCGCAAAUACUAAAACGCAAUUUAUAUGUAGAUAACUUAUUAAUGGGUGCUAAUUCUCUUGAAGAAAUAUUACAAAUUCGCAACGAAGUAAUUGAACUUUUAAGGAGCGGCGGUUUCAACAUGCGUCAAUGGGCCUCUAAUCACCAUCACGCGUUCGAUAAUAUUACUGAAAAAAUGUUCGAUCUAGACCACGCAAUCGAAGAAAAUCCGAUAUUAAAAACACUAGGAGUUGUUUUGAACUCCCAGUUAGAUAAAUUCAUUUGCACCGUAAAUUCAAUCGACUUAUCCAUCAAAAUUACCAAACGGAGUAUUCUGGCUAAUAUCGCAAAAAUUUGUGACCCAUUAGGCUUGCUAGGUCCUAUUAUUUUAUCCGCAAAGCUGAUAGUGCAAGAUUGUUGGAAGAUUAAGAUCGAUUGGGACGAAGUGGUACCCCAAGAAUUGUAUUCUAGAUGGAGUGUGUACGCUAGACAACUCGAGUUCAUUCGUGAUUUGAAUGUUGACCGCCGACUUUUAAACGAAAAUCCAAUUCAAAUUGAGAUCCAUGGUUUCGGCCACGCUAGUAAGCGUGGUUACGCUGCAUGUCUGACGGAUUCGUUCUUGUUCGUCUAG